GCUCAUGGGCAUCCACACUAAUGAAACAAUGUAUUCGUCACAUUUGUAAUCUGUCACUAUCCCUUGAUCCCUCAUUUGACGAUCGUUUCUAGGUGUCAAGAGUCGUCCAGCAUGAACAGUACCAACCUUUGUUUGUUUGACGUUUGUUGUGCUUUGUUGCAAAGACGACCAAAAUAAGUUCCAGGACAGAACCCGGCUUAAGCUGUAAGUCUUCACAUAAUCUCAGUUGUGUUCUUGAUGAAACCCUUCCUCAAACUCUCUUCUGCCUGCUAUCUUUAUUUCGGUCUCCCAGAAGUUGACAUAGCUUCGUUGAGGUUCCUUGUUUUGGUUCUUCAAAUUCUGAAAAGAAGACCGCUAGUAUGGAUACCUUGAUAAAGCUUAUUCCUGAAUUAGGGCGGGAGUAUGUUCACAUAAAGUGUCCAAGCAAAGUUGUGUCAAUUUUGGGCAAAUUUGCAGCAGGUGGUGUAAAUGCCUUACAGGUGAUCGCUGACUUUGACCAUACUGUAACGAAACAACAUAUUCAUGGUGAACGACAUGUGUCAAGUUUUUGUGUAGUUAACAAGUGCACUGUUCUGCCAGAAGAUUUUCGGGACAAAGAUCGCAAGUUGUUGGAGAAAUAUUUACCUAUUGAAAGGGAUCCAAAUUUAUCCAAGGAAGAGAAGAUACCCUAUAUGGUUGAGUGGUACACCACCACUAGUGAAUUGUUAAAUGGAUUCCCUCUCGGAUCCGAUGAGAUAGCAAGUGCUGUCAAAAAGUCUGACACUCAACUCAGAACAGGAACAGCUGAGCUAGUCAAUGCUCUCGAUGAAGAAGAUGUACCUAUGCUAAUAUUUUCUGCUGGUCUUGGUGAUGUUGUAGAUGCAAUUUUAAAAUGUCAUGGUGUUGUUAACAAAAAUAUCCAUGUGAUUUCUAAUUUUCUGAAGUAUAAGGAUGGACAUGUUAAUGGAUUUACCAAUGACAUUGUGCAUCCAUUCAAUAAGAAUGGCAAAGCUGCAGAACACACAAAAUACUUUGAGUUAAUGUCAAGUCGGCACAAUGUGAUUCUCAUGGGUGACAAUUUGGGUGAUGCUGAAAUGGCUGAUGGUGUACCAAACACUGAUGCUGUUUUGAAGAUAGGAUUCCUGUAUGGUGCUGUUUCUACACUUCUGCCUUCAUACAUGGAUCAUUUUGAUAUCGUCCUUGUCGAUGAUCAGACAAUGGUCAUUCCAAACUCUAUUUUCAAUCAUGUUAAGAAAAACUAGCUGAAUCCAAUGAGUAGACCAUUAUACCUGUGGCCCAGUGAAGAGACAGACAUAAGCAAUCAAAAGGACUAAAAUAUGGAAACCUUUAAAUCCUUCAAAGGAUUUUUCCUUUAAAACAUAAAAUCCUUUAACUUGCUUAAAGUUUACAUUUUCCUGUUUUCUUUUAGUCAAUCAUAAAUACACCAAUGAUUCCAUCUUUUCCUAUAAUUCAAAACCACUUGAUCUGUGUAGGGAAUCUCUUGUUGGGGAUCUCUUGGGAAUACUGUUACAGACAUAAAUCAAUGGCUUGUCUGAUAUUCUCCCUUGCUUUUGAUUUCUCUUCUUCAUUUGACUACAGCACAAAUGGUUUCUGCUAAGCCAAUCUAGGUGGGCACUCAGAUUUAUGAUUUUCGGCUCCAUGUAUGCCUUCCUGGUUAAAGAUUAUUUAUUUGAUCUGGAUAUUGACACCGCUUUUGUUCCUGUGUUUUCAAAAUAAUUAAUGUGUGGUGUGUGAACUUGUGUUGUGUAUUCUCACCUUUUGUUCUUUGUUUGUUGAAGUGAGCAGUUACAUUUUAUUAAAACGUUCUCAUUUAAAUAAAAACCAGCUGUGUA